GUUGAGAUGGAUGUAAACAAACUUGGGUAUUUAGAUUGUACUGUUGGACCGACACAACCCCACAACUCUCCAACAAUUACUCUGCCCUCUGAAUCUGACUCGACUCUGGAUUUGGAAGGGUGAAGCAACCCUCGGUACCGGCCUUCAUUUACGACCAAGUUGGAUUACGACAAUGAUGCGGGCUCUGCUGAUUGCAGUGGCAUGCCUCAGUGUUGAGCAGGUGCUGUCACAGACCACAUGUAAAAAGGGCGGCUCAAAAAUCCCACACAUGAAGGCCUUGUGGCAAGAUGAUUUCCCCAAUGAUUUGGAAGUAGAGGCACUUUGUGACGGGACCAUUACUGUUAUGGAUGAUGGAGAAAUCUGUAUUGAUGGGAGGGUCAACUAUGAGCAGUUGGCAGAGGCAUUCGGCACACCCAUCCGACAACCAGCAGCCAAAUCAAUCUCUAUAACAGGUCACCUAAUCACGGCGAGUGCCAAUGUCAUUCUUGGAACAGAGGCCCACUUCCUCUAUGACUAUGUCACUAGCUAUUCUGUUGGCCGCAGCAGCAAUGUCCCAGCUGGACCUGGCAUGGCAGAUGAUGUGUUUGUGGCUAGUCGGGGCAUGAUCAAUGGUAUUUGCCUUGACAAAUCCUUCACAAGACCAGCAGAACUCUAUGCAAUCACUCAUGACAUUUGGCUUCCUUCGGGUGCCAAGUCAAAGAAAUAUGCUAAUGCCAACAUUAUCUAUGCAAGUCGAUACUCCGUGGUGGCAGAGUACCACAAACCAUCAAACGUCGGUCCCUUCUUUGGAACCAUAUUGUGGUCAGUAACAACCUUCUUUGCCGGGAUCGUCCCAAGUUUUAUCUUCCAAUACAUACCUAUUCUGGGAGCCACUGGAAUCUUUCGGUACUUUGUCACUGGUUCCUUGUCAACGGGACAAGUUCCUGUCCCCAUUACUGCCCCCGAUGUGAUUGUUGAGGAUGUUCAGAUUGAUACGGAAUGGGACACUCUGGUUUCUGCCAUGGAAGAUGGCCUCUUUACGAAAGAUAAGGUCCCACUCUACUUUGGAGUUCUUGCCAAAAAGAUUACCCCUCUUUCAAACAAGGCAUGCUGGUCUGUUCCAGUUGCUUCCAUUGAUAUUCAAGCACCAAAGGGAAGUGGGGAUCAAUUGGACAAGUUCAUCAAAGAAACAGUGCUGCCAGCCCUCAAAAGCAGAGGCAACGUGGCGCUGCAUUUUGGGAAACGGUUGGACAGUGGUUCUGAAAUUGUAUCCUCGGCACUCUCCACGUACAACCGCCAAUGUGGAGUGCAACUAGGUGUGACGCCUACCGAAUGCUACCACCCUGCCUGCAAUAGAGAAAGCACCAUGACAAACUUUACAUGGCCACCAUCCAUUUACCAACCUGCCAAGCAGAAGCAGAGUAAAGGAUCCAGUGAUGACAGCAGUGACGACCGUCAACUGAGGAGUUAGGGUAUGCAAGCAGCAACCAGGGACUUCUGUUUCGUGAGUGUGGAGAGGUAGUGACUCCUUUCUGGGUUGCGUUGGUCAGUUAUUCAGUCGAAACACAGGUGACACCAAUCAAUCCAAGACAUGUUUUUGCCUACAGUAAUCUCUUUAAUAAUAAAGUUCUCGUUUCAUG